UGCCUGCACAAAACCGGCGAGGAAAACGAUCACAUCCAUGGAUUAGUCCGGGAGCGGACGACCACUUUUUAUUUUGGCUUUCUCGACAGCUGCCGCCUUUUCCCAACUUAUUUACUGCGCAGAAACUUUCUCCCUUCUUGGGUGUGGAGUAUUUUUUAAGCGACAGCGCCUGCGACAACUUCAACUUAAGCUGGGGAAUCUGGACUAUCAGACCAUGUUUCAACCUACACCCAAGAGGUGUUUUACGAUAGAGUCUUUGGUGGCGAAGGAUAAUCCUCUACCGGCGUCCCGGUCCGAGGAGCCCAUCCGGCCAGCGGCUCUCAGCUAUGCAAACUCCGGCCAGAUGAACCCCUUUCUGAACGGCUUUCACUCCGGCGGCAGGGGCGUCUACUCUAACCCGGACUUGGUGUUUGCCGAGGCGGUCUCUCAUCCGCCCAACUCCGCCGUCCCGGUGCAUCCGGUGGCCCCGCCGCACGCUCUGGCCGCUCACCCCCUUUCAUCCUCACACAGUCCGCACCCUCUUUUUGCCAGCCAGCAAAGAGACCCUUCAACUUUCUACCCCUGGUUAAUACACAGAUAUAGGUACUUGGGUCACAGAUUUCAAGGUAAUGAAACGAGUCCAGAGAGCUUCCUUUUGCACAAUGCACUGGCCAGAAAGCCCAAAAGAAUCCGGACAGCUUUUUCACCUUCGCAACUUCUGCGGCUCGAACACGCAUUUGAGAAAAACCAUUACGUGGUCGGAGCAGAAAGAAAACAGCUUGCCCACAGCCUUAGCCUCACAGAAACUCAGGUAAAAGUGUGGUUUCAGAACCGGAGGACCAAGUUCAAACGACAGAAGUUGGAGGAGGAGGGCUCGGAGUCUCAGCAGAAGAAGAAGGGGACGCAUCACAUAAACCGGUGGAGACUGGCGACGAAACAGGCGAGCCCAGAGGAAAUUGAUGUCACUUCAGACGAUUAAAAGACUAAAUACGCGUCCGAGUGAAGGAGGACAUGGAUAAAGGAUGCCGUGUAGAGACAGUGAGAGGGUAAAAAAGCCAAUGUCACAUUUCAGAUCUCCGGAGAUCGGCAGCUGAGGGUGAGAGAAACCCGACUGGUGGCACUGCUGUCACUAUGUGGGUCUGUCAAUCCGUAUCCAAAUUACCCAGGAAAAUGUGAUUGACAGUGUCUCAGUCCACCUACCUGACCCCCUUCCACGCACCAACCCACCACUACUACAAAUCCCCAUCAGCCACCCAAUUUUUUUUUCUCCAAUUCACAUUGGACAUUUGCACUUCUGAAGGUUUUUUAAAAAAACGUUUCCACUCAAGAUACCAAAAUACAAAACUGUUUUUAUUUUAUUUUAUUUUAUUUUUUUGUAAAACUUGAAUUGCAUGGUAUAGUUUUUUCCUGGUAGUUGUUUUAAUUUGACACACAUUUUUUUUUUCUCCAAAAAAGAAAAGAAGAAAAAAAAAAACAAUUUUGUUUUUAACUCUAUUUUCAAACUGAGAGAUGUCGUGCUUCUUCCUUUUUACAAAGUGUGCAGUCUUUAAUUAAUGAUUCUCGUGUAAAAGUGAUUGUGAAAACAUAUGAAGUAGCGGUGCUGCGUUAUAGUGUUUUUUAAAAGAAAAGAGAACAAAAUGAAUUUCGAGAAACUUUCUAAAAGUUUAUCAUACCACAGAUAAAGUACUUAAAGGGAAGGUAUCAGGACAUUCCUUUAACCUAAAGCUUUACCAAUCCGUAGCUGUGGCCGCAGCCUACUGUCAGGACUUGACCCUCCAGUGAAAGUUGCCACGAAGGACUAAAUGCAAGAAUUGAGAAAACUUCAAGCACUGAGCGUAUUCCAUGUACAGAAAUGCUAAAAAGUUAAUGUUUCUGUUAA